AUGAAAUCAAUCAAAAGAUGGACGAAGAAGUUCAUCCAUUCAAAAGCAACCGUGGAUGAACCUGAGGAGGCACCCCCACCGCUCCCAUUCCUCAACACCCCGGCUAUACGACAACCAACAGAGGCCUGCAGACAGUCUUAUCCCAGCAAUUACGGCCUCCUUGGACGACUCCCGCUGGAAAUCCGGCAAGAGAUCCUAGUGUUUGCAUUUGGCCAGCGCACCCUCCAUGUGGAUCUAAGAUAUGGUCCCCCGUACCAGCCCCAGGCUGAACCAGACAAUAAAUUACGCGCUGGUCACGCCCAACAAUCCACAUGGCAGUGGUUCAGCUGCGAGUGUCAUCGCUGGAGGAAGUCAUCCGAUGCCUUUGUUGCGCAUCCGGAUGUACGCCCCCCGUUCGAUGAUCACUGUGUGCCAAAAUGGUCGUAUUCGCGUGGAUAUACGGAACCUCACGUGCCUCCGGGCUGCUAUAUCGGGAUAAUGGGCUGGUUGCUUGCUUGUCAUAUGGCGUAUCAAGAUGGAAUGGAAAUUUUGUUCACAAGGAAUACAUUCCACCUCUCCGGUCUAGAGCUCCAACUGAACUUGUCUCAAUUGCUCCAUCCUCAAAGACUGGCGAGUAUCUCCUCAUUGGUCCUGAUCUGGGAUCUAAAGAAGCCACGUCAAAAGUACUACAGUGAGAAAAAUAACCUGGUCGGUGUACUCUGGGAGAGGGCCAUCACGGCAAGCCCUGAUCCGCCGUCCGGGGCUGAUUCAACACUUCACGAACUAUGCGGCAUGGUCCCAGAAACCUUUCCUAAUCUUCGUCACCUAUAUAUCUCCUUGCAGAGUCAUGUCGCACCACCGAAGCCGGAGAUCUUUGAAGACCCUGUGGGCGAGGUGGAGAGAGUAAUCCUGAGUCCGAUUGACAAGAUGGUGCGUGCUAUGGGACCGGGGAGGGAUGUUAAAAUUGCUAUGCAGCUGGAGGGGUGGCAGGCUAUUUGGCGACGGCGAUUGAAACUGUACCCGGGAGAGGUAAUUGUCAAGGUUGAUGAACAAUUCGGGCAUCGACUUUGGAAGGGGCUUGGUAACGCCACUGGCCAGCCAGAGUUGGGAUAUUGGUUGUGCGCGGGAUGGGACGAUAUUGAUCGUAUGGGGCCGGCACUCUACCGUGAUGUAUGGGGUGAAGAGAUAUCAGAAAAUUAUGUGUCUACUCAUGGAUAG